AAAGAGACACAUAUAGGUUUGGCUCCCACGAAUCUAAGCUCUUAAUUGUCUUUAAAAUCACUUCUCUUUCCAUAACAAUUAUCAUAGAACAACAAAGAAGUUCAAGAUCAUUACAACAUUAAUUGUGUUCAUGGCAGCUAAUCAUCAAAAUUCUAACAACACAGUGUGUGUAACAAAGAGAGUGUCUGUGUAUCCCAAAUCCUCCAUAAACCCCCCAAAAGUUAUUAGCCUCUCAAACUUGGACAGACAGUGUCCAAUGCUUAUGUACUUGGUUUUCUUUUACAAAAACCAUAGUUUGUCACUUGAUUAUGUCUUUAACAGCUUGAAGUCUGGCUUGGAGCAGACCUUGUCCGUGUGGUACCCGGCCGCGGGGAGGCUGAGCUUGAACCCUAGUGAUGGAAAGCUCAAUCUAUGGUGCAACAAUGAGGGUGCAAUUAUGGUGGAAGCGAUUACUCGUGUGAAGAUAUCGGAGCUCGGAGACCUAUCUAACUAUAAUGACUUCUUUGAAGAUCUUGUUUACAAGCCUGUGUUUAAUCGGAGUUUCUCUGACAUGCCUUUGGUUGUUGCUCAGGUGACAAAGUUUGGAUGUGGAGGGUAUUCAAUCGGAAUCGGCACAAGUCACUCUUUAUUUGAUGGACCAUCCACUUAUGAUUUUCUAAGUGCAUGGGCUUGUAAUUCUGCUAUAUUGAAGCAGAAGCAGCAGGUCCAGGUAGGAGGAAGCCAUGAAGUAAUAUUGCAGAAGCCGCCAGUGCAUGAGAGAGGGACAUUAUUGUUGGUGGGUAAUGACUGUGGAGCACAAAAGGGAGUUGUGGGUGUGAAGAGAGCGGCAGCCAUAGAUCAUCUAUAUGAGUUGAUAAAACAAGCACUUACUGAUCAUCAGAGUCGUCCAGCUGGUACUCAUGAUCAUAUGAUGAAGCUCGGAGGGAGUUCAAAUGAUUAUGUACUUAAGACUUAUCAUCUAAGUGGUGCAAUGAUAGACAAGCUGAAGUUAGAAACUUUGGGUGAUCAUUGGAGAGGAAUCAGUUCAUCCUUUGAGAUAGUCGCUGCUCAUCUGUGGAAGGCAAGGACCAAAGCUUUGGGAGUGAAGAAAGAAAAGAUGGUGUGCCUGCAAUUCGCGGUUGAUAUAAGGAGCAAGAUGGUGCCGCCACUGCCCAAAGGCUUCUCCGGCAACGCUUAUGUACUGGCUUCGAUUGUGCAGAGUGCCGGAGAAUUAGAGCAACAGAGGCAUGAAGCAAUAAUAGAGAAAAUAAAGGAAGCCAAGAACAGAGUAAGCAAUGAGUAUGUGAAAGCAUAUAUUAAAGCACUUGAUGGGCCUCAGCAGCAGCAGGAUAGUCUCCCUCCAAUGAAGGAGCUUACCAUAGUUUCAGACUGGACAAGAAUGCCAUUUCACAAAAUUGAUUUCCUAAGUGGAGAAGAAGCUGCAGCAGCCUAUGCAUCUCCAUUGGUUUCUCCAAUCCCUCAAGUUGCUUACUUGAUGCAGAGUGUUGAUGACUUGAGAGGCAUUCAUCUGAGGAUUGGUCUACACCCACAAAGCCUAAAUGCUUUCUCUCACUACUUCCUCACUAAUCUGCAAUAAGCUUAAGCGUUUUUCUAAAACUCUCUUUUUGUUUGAAAAUGAUCAUUGAAGAAUGAUUAAUGACUGAUUAUGGGUAGAUUAUGCUUCUUCA